UUGUGCACUUAGAUGUAAACAAAAAAUGGCCUGAUUCUGGUCUCCGCCAGAAUCAAUGUGACCAUUUCAACAGAUUGAAAUUACUUGAAAUGUAUCGUAUACUUGUGGCUUACCUGAUAGUGAUAUCCGAGUAUCCGACAAACAAAAUAUAUUGUUAUCAACACUCUGAUACUUUAUAUCUGAUAGUCUGAUGUUUGGUUUUCACUUUUCACGUGUUUUUGGCGUUUGACGUUUUACGAUUUUUGGUGUUUGCUUAAAUAAAAUAGUUUUUUUUUUGUAAUAUUUUAUAUUUAUACUGUCAUAUUUAUUUUAAAAAAUGACUACUUGUGCAGUCAAGUUUUGCGACAAUAAAAUGUCACUAACGAAAAAUAUAAGCUACUUCAGAUUUCCAAGCGACCCAUUGAGGUGUAAACAAUGGAUGGAAAAAUGUCAAACUGAACAUUUACUGAAAAAAGAUGCUACUAUUUUAUACAAAAAUUACAGGGUGUGUGGUGUUCAUUUUGAAGACAAAAUGUUUUUAAAUCCAAAUAGUAGGAACCGUCUUACAAUGAAUGCUGUGCCAACCAUAUUUAGUGGUAAGAUUUUGUUUAUUAUAAUUAAUAUUUUUAAGACUAAAUGAA